AUGGCUCUCAGGCUCUGUCUCUCCUGCUGGCUGCUGGUCUGCUGGUUGGUGGUAAUGGUGGCAGAAGAGGCUCACAAACUGGGGACCCUACAGACUGCCAGAUCUUCACACUCACCCCUCCACCUCCCACAAGGAGGCCGGUGACACCGAUCCAGCCCAUCACAAGGACACCCAAGUGUCCUUUCCAUUUUUUCCCAACACGGAGGCCCAGAGUCCAAAUUAGGUUUCCAAACAGACCUUUCCUCCCUCCGAGGUGCAACCACCGUUUUCAGUACCGUCCAUAUUUUUGGCCGAACAAUCGUCUUAGACCAUAUUAUAACUAUUUCCCCAGAAGAAGACUCCGGAGAGGAAGCUCAUCCGAGGAAAGAAGAGGGAAGAGAGAAGCCCCAAACCUGCUCAGACAGAGGAGGUCAAUACCUCAGAAAAGACUAUAAAAAUAGUUCUGUUUUCUUUUUCCAACUAAAAUUGCUGAAUUGGAAACUUAUCUUAAACACCACUGACUAG